ACGCUUCAGGUGCAGCGCUUCAUACGAAACGCCGCGUUUUGUCCCUGGCUUCCCAUAUACGCUUCCCCCCCUUUAUAAAUACGAGCCCUUUGUGAACCCCUGCCAUUUUUUUUGACCCCCUUUUUCUUGUGUGCAUUUGCUCCUCCGUGGUUCUUUGAACUUUGUUGUGACUCUCCGGUGGUGCGCGGCGGCUCACGGCGGUGCUUUUGAAGUUUAUUUGAGCGUCAAGUUUUUAUUUUUGUGUUCUUAGGUACGCCCAUCUGAUCCAUUUGGCCAUUUUUGUUUCUGCAAAGCCUAAGUUAUUAUUUAAGUUAGGUUUUAUUCUCGUAAUGGCACUCAUAAGCUAUGGGGAAAUGUACAAGUGGGUAAGAGAUGACGUUUUGGGUUGUGAAUCUUUAAUCAAUUCUUGGGAUGCUAUGGAUAGUUUUUGUAGGGAGCACGUUGUAUGUGGUGAGGGGGAUGGUGUAAUUAUUUGCGAACCUUGUGUAGAUAAAGAACCUGUGUGUGUUGAGGGGUCUCUCACCGAGAGGUUUACCUUUUGUUACUGUACUUUAAUCUCUAAGUUGAAGGUGAGGUGGCCCCUUACUGUUUGUGAGAAAGGAGUACUCGAAACCUUAGGUGUCGCCCCCACCCAAUUCCAUCCUAACAGUUGGGCCUUUGUCCGAGGGUUUGAGAUCCUAUGUGUAGGUUUAGAUAUAACUCCGACUGUAGAUAAGUUCUUUUAUUUCUUCGAGAGUCGUAUCAACAAACGUAGUAGUUGGAUGUCUGUUCAUGGGGUGAAUGGUCGGGGGCUUUUGACCUUAUUUCAAUCGUCCUAUAAGGACUUUAAAAAAUCGUAUUUCCGAAUACGCUGCUGCCCGGGCCAUGAAAAUGUAUUAGAAGGAUUUCCUCUAUACUGGAAACAAAAGACAAUAUCUUUUGGAGGGCUACCUGCCGAGAAGCUCUCCGCGUCCGACCAGGAAGACGUUAAAAAACUUGAUGGUCUCAAAACGGUUUUCAACACUGUGAAACUUCUAGACUUAGAAAAUAGGCCCAAAGAACUGAAAAUUUAUAUAGACAAAAUGGCAAGCAUGAGCAAUCAGGAACUGAUGAAGUUAUGGAAGCAACAAGAGGCUUCGAAGGCCGUGGCCGCCGAAGGAGUCGGCGAAAAGGCGAGAAAUAUUGGUCCGAUAUCCCGACCCAGUGUGCUAGGGGAAAGCUCCCACAAACGUCGCCGCGAGAUCGAGACGGCGGUCCCCCUUAUGAAUCUCGAAUUCUCGUCUACACAGAAGUUCAAUCCACUGAGAGGACUCUUAGUUUAUGCAUGGGUGAGAAUUGGGAUGCCAUGGACCGUGGAGCUGAUUAGGGUAAGGUUGGCUCGUUUUGGGAUGAGAAGUUUAACCAUUCUACUCACAUCCGCCAAACCGAUCUGCUUGACGGUGACAAGGAAGAUUUGGAGAAGAUGAGUGCCUUCUUCAUUGUGAAAGGCAUUGAAUCUCUGACCAAUUGGCUCUCUGUUCUUUCCCUAGUCAACGAAGAUAAAGUCCGGGGUCUGACACGAGAACUGAAGCUUCAGGGGAAGAAGGUGAGCAGUUUAGAGGAAAAUUUGAACAAAGGAAAAACAUAUUUGAAGUGGGUGUCCAACGAGAGAGACAAACUCCUUGAUGGUCGACGAGAAUUCGAGAGCGAAAGGAACGCGUGGGCCGAAGAGAAAGCGGGGAUGGAGAAGGAAUUUGAAGAAACUUGACUGGCUCGAGACAAGUACACUGAUGCUUCCCAAGUUUUUGAAACCGAUGUCUCUAACCUCAAAAACGAAAUUGGGGACUUGAAAGCCAAACUUCAUGCUGCCAAGAUGGAGGCCUUAAAGAAAUUUACUGCAGGUUUUGACGCGGCGACUGCACAGGUGAAGUUUCUCUACGCUGACUUGGAUCUUGGAGGCGUCGGAUACUUCAAAGAGAUUAUCGACGGGGAGUUGGUGGAUCCCCCCGAGGAUGAUUAACUUCUUUGUUUAGGAUUUUGUAUUUUUUGUCAAGUCUUUGCGUUUUUUUGCUUGUUUUUUGGAACAAUUGAGGUUUUUCUAUUUUGAAUCCGAUAUGAACUCUGCUCACCGUUUUUUGGUAUAAUUCGAGUGACUCGAUGUACGCGGAGUAAUCAUCUAAGUAAUCCUCCAAAUUCCAACUCACAAUCUAA